GGUAGAGCGGAUAUAGUGAAUGCAGGGUCCGGGGAGACCGGAUAUAGUGAAUGCAGGAUCUGGGGAGACCAGUUAUAGUGAAUGCAUGGUCCAGGGAGGCCAGAUAUAGUAAAUGCAGGGUCCGGGGAGAGCGGAUAUAGUGAAUGCAGGGUCCGAGGAGAGCGGAUAUAGUGAAUGCAGGGUCCGGGGAGACCAGAUAUAGUGAGUGCAGGGUCCGGGGAUACCAGAUAUAGUGAAUGCAGGGUCCAGGGAGACCAGAUAUAGUGAAUGCAGGGUCCGGGGAGAGCGGAUAUAGUGAAUGCAGAGUCCGGGGAGACCAGAUAUAAUGAAUGCAGGGAUCUGGGGAGAGCGGAUAUAGUGAAUGCGGAGUCCGGGGAGAGCGGAUAUAGUGAAUGCGGGGUCCGGGGAGAGCCAGAUAUAGUGAAUGCGGGGUCCGGGGAGACCAGAUAUAGUGAAUGCGGGGUCCGGGGA